GGUGGCACUGUCACCGGCCGUGGUGGCAUUGUCACCGGCCAUGGUGGCAUUGUCACCGGCCAUGGUGGCACCGUCACGGGGCGGGCGCGGCGCAGGGGACACCCUGGGGACAGCAGCUGUGACAGAGGGGACAUCGGGGCCAAGGUGGCCAAAAUUGGUGCUGAUGACAUCAUCGCCGCUCGUGGUGACGUCAUUGCCGGUCACGUGACCCCAGGAGCAACCAAGUGUCCCAAUGCCACCUCUGGUGACACCGAUGACGUCACCACCGCCAUCCACGAUGUCCCCAUGGACCUGAGGGGUGGCACGACCCCAGGAGUGACCAAGGACCCCAAUGCCACCUCAGGUGCCACCAACAAUGCCACCGCCCCCAUUGUCCCCAUGGACCUGAGGGGUGGCAUGACCCCAGGAGUGACCAAGGACCUCAAUGCCACCUCAGGUGCCACCAACGAUGUCACAUCGUCCAUUGUCCCCAUGGACCUGAGGGGUGGCACGACACCAGGAGUGACCAAGGACCCCGAUGCCACCCCAGGUGCCACCACCAAUGUCACAUCGUCCAUUGUCCCCAUGGACGUGAGGGGUGGCAUGACCCCAGGAGUGACCAAGGACCCCAAUGCCACCUCAGGUGCCACCUGUGGUGACACCAAUGACGUCACCACCACCAUCCACGAUGUCCCCAUGGACCUGAGGGGUGACACGACCCCAGGAGUGACCAAGGACCCCGAUGCCACCCCAGGUGCCACAACGAUGUCACAUCGUCCAUUGUCCCCAUGGACCUGAGGGGUGGCACGACACCAGGAGUGACCAAGGACCCCGAUGCCACCUCAGGUGCCACCAACGCUGUCCCCAACGAUGCCACCGCCCCCAUUGUCCCCACGGACCUGCUGUCCCUCGGCGACGUCCCCAUGGACCUGACCGGUUACGUCAUCCCGGGGGCGGCCGAGGGCGCCGAGGCCACGCCCGGAGGUGGCCCCGCCCCCGGCGGGGGAGGGGCCGGCGAUGACGUCACGGGCGGGUACCUGCUGUCGGGCUGCGACGUGUUCGUGACGCGCGAGCCGUGCGCGCUCUGCGCCAUGGCCCUGCUGCACGCGCGCGUGCGCCGCGUGUUCUACGGGCACGCGUGUGCCCAGGGGGCGCUGGGCACGCGCUGGGGGCUGCACGGGCACCCCCGGCUCAACCACAGGUACAGGGUGUGGAUGGUGCCCCAAACUGGGCAAACUGGGCAAACUGGGAGUGAUGGCAAUCAAUGA